AUGAUAAUUAAGAUAUAUAACUUUAACUUAAUUAAAAAAAACUAUGCUCAUAAAUUUGCUUCACCGGACUGCCCAAAUCUAAUUAAUAUUAAAAAAUUGAUUUAUGAAAAACUAAAGCCAAUAUGUUUUCAUAUUAAACAAGAUUAUACUAUGGGUCAUCAUGUUCAUGAUAUGCAUUUUUAUGGUAUCUUAUGCUCUCCUUUAUUUGAAAAUAAAAGUUAUAAAGAAAUGAAUUCAAUGGUAGAAAAAUUAAUGAGUGAAAUUAAUUUAGCAGGAAGAGUAAAAUUACAUUGCCAACCACCAUCAAGAUUUAAUAAAAUGAAAAAACACAUAAGAUGGAGAUGGAAUUUAGAAAAGUAG